GGAGCCGCGAUGUCUCCGGCGGCGGCGGCGGCUGGCGGAGGCGAGCGGCGGCGGCCCAUCGCGAGCGGCAGGGACGGCCGGGGCCGGGGCUGCGGCGGGGCGGCCGGCGCGGCGCUCGUCGGCCUGUGUCUGCUGGGCCUCGCGCUGUACCUGGUGCCGGCGCUGGCCGCGCUGGCCUGGCUGGCCGUGGGGUCCACCGCGGCCUGGUGGGGACUGAGCGGCGAUCCCCGCGCCCCGCGCGCCUGCCCGCCCGCCCGCCCCGCGCGGCGCCCGCGGGCCCCGCUCGCCCCGCUCGCCAAGGCCACGGCGAACGGGAGCCUCCUGGAGCCGCGCAGCCUCCUCGAGGGACCCGACCGCGCCGAGCUGCUCCUCAUGGGCAGCUACCUGGGCAAGCCGGGCCCCCCGCCGCCGGCGCCCGCCGCCGAGCCCUGGGAGCUGCGGGAGCGGCCCGGCCGCCGCGCCCCGGCCCGGCCCGCGCCGCCCGCGCCGCCGGCCGCCCGCGCCCCGCAGCUCCUGCCCUCGCGGCCCUCGCCCCUCCGGCCCGCCCGCAGGCCCUCGCCCCGGGAGUGUGGGACUUUAUCGAAUCGAUUUAUAAUAACCCCUCGAAGGCACUAUCCAAUCCAGCAGGCCCAGUAUUCCUUGCUGGGGGUCCUGCCCACAGUGUGCUGGAAUGGUUAUCACAAGAAGACCGUGCUCUCCCCGCGGAACUCCAAAAUGGUGUGCAGCCCCGUCACGGUGAGGAUCGCGCCUCCCGACAGCAAGCUGGCCCGGUCCUCACUACCAGAGCAGGUUAUCAGCUCACCACUGUCCUCUCCGCCGAGUAAUACUCCAGACCCCUGUGCAAAGGAGACUGUCCUGAAUGCUCUCAGAGAGAGGAAGAAAAGGGCCGUGGAGGAGGAAGAUCAUAUAUUCACCGAGGGCCAGGAAAACAAAAGAAGGCGCCACGAUAGCAGCGGGAGCGGCCAUUCGGCCUUCGAGCCUCUGGUAGCCAAUGGAGUCCCCGCCGCAUUCGUGCCUAAGCCGGGGUCUCUGAAGCGAGGCCUCGUGGCACAGAGCGCGGAUGACCACCUGAACAAGCGCUCCCGCACGUCGUCGCUGAGCUCCCUGGCGAGCACCUGCACGGGUGGCAUCCCCAGCUCCAGCCGCAACGCCAUCGCCAGCUCCUACAGCUCCACGCGCGGGCAUGCGCAGUUGUGGAAGAGGACAGGGCCCAGCUCGUCACCCUUCUCCAGCCCGGCCUCGUCACGCUCGCAGACCCCUGAGAGGCCAGCCAAAAAGAUGAGAGAAGAGGAACUGACCCAGCCGUCUACUUCAACCCCGCUGGUCACGGACAAGGAGUCCCAGGGAGAAAAAGCUGCAGACCCGGCCUCCUCCAAGAAGCAGAGCUCGUUCAGCUCCCCGGCAACGCCUGGCGGCUCCGGGCAGCGGAAGCGGAAGAUCCAGCUGCUGCCCUCCAGGCGAGGGGACCAGCUGACACUGCCCCCACCACCCCAGCUCGGUUACUCGGUCACGGCCGAGGACCUGGACCUGGAGAAGAAAGCUUCUCUGCAGUGGUUCAACAAGGUCUUGGAGGACCAGACGGACGCAGCCCCGGGCUCUGUCCCUGAAAACCCGCCCGCGCCUGCGCCCGCGCCCGCACCCGCUUUCUCCAUGAAGUCGCCUGCAGCCGAGGCUGCUCCCCCUGCGGCCUCACUGCCGGAGCCCAGCACCAACUCGAACCCGCUGCUGGAGAGCCUGAAGAAGAUGCAGGCUUCCCCGGGGCCUCCCGCCUCCUCGGGGGCUGCCACUGUGGCCACCUCCGAGGCCCCCUCGCCUCCGAAGACCCUCAGUCUCCUGACCCCGCUCGCUGCCCCCCCGCCAGCACCCCUCCCAGCCACCUCCGAAGACUCCAAGCCCUCGGUCACUUUCUUGGGGCUGACCCCGACUUCCUCCACAAUCCCCAUCACUGAGACCCCCAAGGCCCCUGCGGCCUCUCCGGCCACGACUGCCGCCCCCUCGCCGGCCCCCAAGCAGAGUAUUCUCUUGGGAAUGCUGAGCACGCCCCCCUCCAACCCUCCCGCUUCUGUGGCUCCUGGGGUGUCUCCAGCUCCGGUGUUCAAGCCCAUUUUUGAGACCCCACCAAAAAGCGAGGUGGGAGACCCCGUGCCCACAAGCCCGCCCAAGGCCCCCCUGGCGGCUCCGGCAGCUCCUGCAGCUCCUGCAGCUCCCACAGCUUCUUCUAGUUCUGCGCCCCCCACAACCACCACCGCCUCCUCGUCCCCCACUUUCAAGCCCAUCUUCGACAGCCUGGGGCAGCCUCCGUCCGCGCCCUUGCUGACACCCUUCUCCUUCGUGCCCACCCCCGCCGCCACCAGCGCCAGCGCCACCACCAGCGCCAGCGCCCCCCUCUUCACAGGCCCGGCCAGUGCCACCUCCUCGGCGGCGACUGCGGCCACAGCCAGCACCACCACGGCCACGGCCACGAAGCCUUUGUUCGGCUUCACUGUGGGCGCAGUGACCAGCGUGGGGAGCAGCACGAGCGCCACCACCACCAGCACCACGGCCGCUUCCUCCCAGCCUUUCCUCUUCGGGACGCCCGCCACCUCCAGCACCGGCUUCCCCCCGGCCCUGGGCUCCAUAUUCCAGUUUGGCCAGUCCCCUGCUGCGACCCCGGCCACCACGGCCGCCACCUUCGGCCAGGCCCUGCCCAGCGCCACUCCAAGUAGCGGCAGCUCCAGCUUCACGGGCUUCGGCAGCGCCCUGAGCACAGCCCCGGCUGCGGCCACCAGCAGCGCCGCACCCACCACCUUCAACAUUCCCUUCGGCUCCAGCACCAAGGCCCCCCUCCCAUCCUACCCCGCGGCCAACCCCCAGCCCACUUUCGGGGCCACUGACGGGACAUCCCAGGGGGCAGCCAAGCCAGCCCUGGCCCCAAGCUUCGGCGGCUCUUUCACUUUCGGGAACUCUGCAGCCCCCGCCCCUGCCGCAGCCCCCACCCCCGCCCAGCCCACCUUCGACAGCUCCACCCAGUACACUUUCGGUGGCCUCAAGCCCACAGGCUCCACCUUUGGCACCGCCGCCACCACCCAGCCGGCCUUCGGCAGCACCACCUCUGUCUUCUCUUUCGGCACCGCCACUACCCAGACUCCCAGCAGCGGGGCCAGCACCUCGCUAUUCGGCAGCACAGCCCCGUCACCCUUCACGUUCGGGGGCUCCGCAGCCCCGGCGGCCAGCGGGGGUUUUGGGCUCGGUGUGGCCAACCCUGGCACCAGCUCCACCUCGGGGGCGUUCAACUUCGGAACAGGACAGAGUGGGACCACCGCCGGCACUGCCCCUUUUGGGGGAGGCCUGAGCCAGAACCCCUUGGCCGCACCCGCCCAGAGCACACCCUUUGCCUUCAGCGUGCCGAGCGCGCCCGAGAGCAAGCCUGUGUUUGGAGGGACCUCCACACCCACCUUCGGUCAGAGCAACCCUGGCUCCGGGGUGGGUGCAGCAGGCAGCAGCCUCCCUUUCGGGGCCUCCUCAACACCCACCCAAGGCUUCGUCGGAGUUGGACCCUUUGGAUCAACAGCCCCUUCCUUCUCCAUCGGAGCGGGAUCCAAGACCCCAGGGGCUCGACAGCGGCUGCAGGCCCGAAGGCAGCACACGCGCAAAAAGUAGCCCCGCGGCCCGGCCUGGCCAGUCCCCGCCCCCCACGUCCCGGCCUGACACCUGCCCUGAGCGAGCAAGAGCCUCCAGCAUCGGUCCCGGGAGGUGGCCCCAGCCGAGAUCCCGCAGCACGCAGACGCUGGCCCGGGCACUGGGAGGCCACGGGAAGCCUCGCCCCUGCCGUGACCAGACCCAGCAGGGAGGCUGGAGAGGACUCGCGAGUCGCCUGUACAUAGUGUCCACCUGUCCCCGACGGGCCAGUGUCUGAGCUUGACUGGGGGCUCCCUUUCACCCAGCUUUGCUGGGGGUCUCAGGCCCAGGCCUGGCUGGGUGCGUCGCGUGUGCACCUGCCGGGGCUGGGGCAUCCCUAGAGCUUUACCUUGCUUGGCUAUUAAACGCGGUUCUCUCAGGUCCCGCUAGGGGACUGCUGCCCCAUUUCUCGCUGCUUGGUCCCUCACUGGUUCCGCAGGAUUUGUUCCUCAGAAUGACCUUGAGUCUAGCUUUGCCUUGGAGAGCCCGGUGGGUGGCGCUCCUGCUGGUCCUUCCCCUGCCAAAUCGGAGUCGGUGUUUUGUCCCCAAGCCUCUCUGCCGGUUUGGCCCCUGAAGCCCGGUGGCUCAAGACUGUUAGCCUGGCAGUUCCCGGGGCGAGCCCCGGCUCCGAGAGGGGCUGGUCCUCAGGCGCCGGCUGCGCACCUGCUCGCAGCCUCCUCCCACCCACCGGCCCCUCCAGGAUUGUCUGUUUAAAGCCUUGUCCCAUGUUGCUGUCUGUCUGAUGCUCAUGUCUAGUGCUCUUUGAAUCGAGUUUGGAGGAAGAAUUGAAUUGUAUGAGUGGCGGCAUGUUGCUAGUGCCGGACUUAUUGUUUCAAGGACGGAGCACCGCUUCCGGCCAGCGGCCCGCUCCUGGAUUUGCAAAUGGUGUUUGGACUUCAGGGCUGGCAGCCCAGGACGGGGCGAGGGGGAGCGGAGGAGCGGAGGUGUCUCCCACUCACGCGACCCCAGUGUCCACUAGGAGCCCGAAGUCUGACCCGCGCUCUGAACUGUGAGUCGCUUGCCCCCUGAGCGCCUUUGCUGCCACGCCCAUCCUCUUUGGGAGAAGUAUGAGUGCGUGUGUCUAAAUUAAAAAGAAAAAAACUAUUUAAACAUUUUUUAACAAAAUAAAAAUUUAUUUUUGUAUUUAAGCUAAAUUGCCUUUUAAAUUCCUUCAAGCUUGGUUCAGGAGGCGGUUGUGUAGAUGCUCUGACUAGAAGUAGCUGUAGUUAAGUUAUGCCUGAGGAGAGCCCGAGGGACGGUGCGCCUUCCGGAGCGGCCUAGAAAGGGGGAUUCUUCUUAGAACAAUGUGACGUGGACAGACCUAGGCCCUCCCCCAUUGACGGCGGGCGAUGUUUGGUGGCAGGGGACAGGUAACCCCGAACUGUGUGUGAGCUGAGGGGGGGGCCUGAGACCCACGGACCUGGCAGGGGUGGACAGGCGGAGGUGGGGCCCGGGGCUGGACACCCGACUGGCCGCCCGCGCCUCCGUCCCAGCGGCAGGUGGAGCCUGGGACUCCGCAUAGAUGAGACGUGGUUCCUGUUGAGUCGGGUUGGUGUUUCGAGUUUGGGUGUGAGGUUUCUCUCCUUGAUAAGUCAUUAAGAAUAAACAAGGAAAACUGUGAUCUGUUGGA